UUUUCCCACCAAAUAUACAAGAAAAAAAAAGGUUAAAAAAGAAAAAAAACAAGAAAAAGGAAGAGUUCUUUUUGAAAUGGCAACAGCCAUUCUUUCAACUGCAAUCACCUUCAUUCCUUCAAGACUUUCCUCAUCAUCUUCAUCGUCAUCAUUUUCUUCAUCUCUAUUGACAACACCAAUAUUAGUUUAUCCCAACAAAGAGAAUGGAAAGAGAUUGUUGACUCUUUGCAAGGCAGCCAAUGAACCAUCACAACCCUCUUGGAUUCUGACAAAGAGAAGUCUUUCUAUCAGCUUACUGACCAGCUUUGUUUUCGGUUUGGCCGGUAAUGGCGUCUCAAGUUCUAAUGCGGCCAUUCUAGAGGCUGAUGAUGAUGAGGAGCUUUUGGAGAGGGUGAAAAGGGAUAGGAAGAAGAGGAUUGAGAGACAAGGAGUUAUCAGCUCUUCCAACAAGGAAACAGGAUAUCUACAGGAUCUGGUGUACAAGUUGAGCAAAGUAGGCCAAGCAAUUGACAACAACGAUCUCUCCACCGCAAGUUCGGUUCUCGGUGGCAGCACUGAUUCAGAUUGGGUUAAGAACGUCAACGUAGCUUUCACUAAGCUAAGCUCUAGUCCUGAAGCGAAGAGUCAGGUGGACACUUUCAAUUCGUCGCUUGCCUCAUUGAUCUCGUCGGUUACUAAGAAUGAUGUUGAAUCCUCCAAAACCGCAUUUGUGGCAUCUGCCAGUGCAUUUGAGAAAUGGACGAAUUUAACCGGGCUUGUUGCGCAGCUUAAGGGACUUUGAACACUCGAGGACAAAGACUGCCAAUUUUUCAUUCCAUUCUUUCUUAUAAGAGCAUAACUAUAAAGUUUCAGUAAUUCUCUGGAUAUAACAGGCUUUCUUUAUAGUCUUGACAAGCCAUAAUAGUCUGAGGUCCAAAGUCUCAUUAGGCUUUUAUAACAACAUUUUUUCCCCACCAAUAA